AAGACUUGCGCUAUAUGCACUAUAUAAAGUAUACUGAGAAACAGCAUAAAAUAUAUUGCCAGCURUAGGAAAUGGCUGAGCAACAACAAGAACACAAUACUGAUUGGCAGCUUUGCGCCAUUUGUCAAGAACAUACAGAUGAACCAUUACGAUGUYCUGCCGACUCAAAGCGCUUAGACAUAGGCACGGGAUACGCAACAUUAGCAGUGAACAUAGAAAAAUUCGCCACCAUGAAAUGUUUGCCGAAAGAGAUAGAUAUAUCAAGGCUAGAYGAAGGCUGUGGGAUGAAGGAAACAUUCAUGACACGUGAAGCACGUUGGCAUAAAAGUUGCUAUAUCUUAUUUAACACUACCAAGUUAAAAAGAGCUGAAAAGCGUCAGGAGAAGCAACAACCGACUGAAGGAUCUGGCGGGAAGUUCACUCGAUCAACUGCAAGUACACCAACUCAACGGAACAGUCGUUGUGCAUGUUUUUUAUGUGACAAAAUUGAUAAUCGACCUCUUCGUAAUGUCUCUACCUUACCGUUAGAUACUAGAGUGCGUCAGUGUGCAGCUGUAUUGAAUGAUGAAAAACUAUUGGCCAAGUUGAGUAGUGGUGACUUGAUUGCCCAAGAAGCUGUUUAUCAUAGCCAAUGCCUGUCGAUGUUGUACAGAAAUGCUGCCUAUGUGCAACGUGAAGGAAGAGAUGAUGACGAGAUGCCCCAUCGUUUAGAGGGAAUUGCUUUAGCAGAGCUUAUAAGUUAUAUGGAAGAGUCUCGAUCUGCUAACGCAGAACUACUAUCAUUUAAAUUAGCAGACCUAGCACGAAUGUAUAAAAACUGCUUACAGCAGCUUGGCAAAGAGACACCGGCUAGAGUUAACACAACUCGUCUAAAGGAGCGCAUUCUUCUCCAUGUUCCAGAACUGCAUUGUUAUAAUAGAGGUCGUGACGUUUAUUUAGCCUAUUCACAUGAUGUUGGGACUGUGCUUCAAAGAGCAAAUAAAGAAGACUGUGACGACGAAGCUAUACAUCUUGCAAAGACUGCAUCUAUCAUUCGCAAAGAUAUGAUCGCUAGUAAAUAUACAUUUACAGGAUCCUUUGAGUCAAAUUGCCAAGAAAGUUCUGUGCCAGCAUCUUUAUUAUCACUGGUUAACAUGAUACUCAAUGGACCAAAUAUURAARCGCAAGCUCGCAGCCAAGCAAAAGGUCAAUCCGCCCUAACUAUUGCACAGCUACUGCAAUACAAUACCUACAUUCGUCGCAGAGAUGGAGACAUCAAGCGGGAACGGCGAAGCAAGUCUCGUGAGACUCCACUUCCUAUAUAUGUAGGAAUGACUGUGCAUGCCAAGACUYGCAGUCGGGAGCUCGUAGAAAUCCUACAUGAUCUAGGAAUAGGCAUUUCUUAUGACAGAGUUCUUGCGAUAUCUACGUAUCUGGGAAAUGAGGUCUGUCGACGCUACACUGAAGAGGAUGCAGUUUGCCCUUUCAACCUUCGGUUCCAAUUAUUCACGACGUCAGCUGUUGAUAACAUUGAUCACAAUCCGAGUUCAACGACAGCCCGUGACUCUUUCCAUGGAACAGGGAUUUCUCUAUUUCAGCAUCCAAGCGCAGAAAAUCCUGGUACAACUCGAGCUACUAUUGAUAUUUCAAACUCAUCAGCAGCUGUUUCAAAGUCAGUUAAGCCACUUGCGACAUACACAGAUGUUACUCCAGUUCUAGAGUUACCUAGGGAGUAUAAAGUUCCAGCUAUUUCAGCAACAAUAACACCCGAUGAAAGUUUAUCAGCUUACUGCCUUGACAAAGAAAAGCCAUGGCUUCAGCAUUCAAGUCUUUAUUCAAGCGAAGAAAUUCUACAAGAAAGCAAUCUAAUAUCGCAAAGUCUGUAG